GCAGGGGUCCAUGUUACACUGAGACACAACUUCUUCGCUCCAGACAACGGUCACAGACACAACAUUGGUAAUCUCUCACUGAAGCCUACAUCUUCUGCUGAAUCACUUCUCUUCCUCUCAAUUCAAUUUAUAGGAGUUUUAUGCGACUUCACACUUCUUUACUUCUAGCGUUUACCAUAUUCAUACUUCUGAGGCAGAAUACAGUAAAAUGUCAAGAUAACACUGAUGACACUGAAACGGCGGAUGAGGAUACUGGACCCAAAUGUACUGUUCCCACAAUACAAAACGGACAGAUAGGGAACGCUAACUCCGUCGACGAGGAGAUCAGCGAGUCAACCGCUUUCGAAGUCUUCUGUGACUCCCAGUAUCAGUUAGGGAGCAGUUCGGUUGCUAAUGUACCAUGUGUAACUGGUCAGAUGCCGUCAUCGUGUCGAGAGAUCACACUUACAAACACAGCUACAGAGUAUGUUGUCGGAUCAGAGGCCAAACUAACUUGCCAAGUAAAGUCACAAGAUCAGGUGACCGGAAUAAAGUGGAUAAAAGAUAACCAGGACUUCAGACUACAAGGAGUGUUCUCAUCUCAAACAUCCUCUACUUUUUUCAGUGUUCUCACCUUCACCAUAGCCACUUCUGGAGACGCUGGAAGGUACAAAUGUGAAGCAUCAGUGAACAGCGUCGCUCCGUUUGACAAAGAAAUGUACCAAUCUGACGUGGUUAUCACCAUACUCAGUACCACAAUGACGCCAGCUGAUGACCCGGUUUACCUGAUGGUGGGAGAACCGUUCCCUCUCUCAUGUAUCUUCGUAAACUACGCCUCAUAUUCUCUCUCCGUCUCCUGGACUCAAGGCUCCUCCUCUAUGACAGCCUAUUUCACUGACGAUACAGGGGACACAACUUCAACUAAAAUAACACUGAACGCCGGUACUGCCGUUGGUUACAGUAACGAUUACGCGUGUAAAGGAGAGUACAGACAUCUGAGCUCAGGUAGAGUCAUGACAGUUACUGACUCCAGACGGGUCGAGGUCCGAGGGAUAGCUUUUCAGCCGCAGAGCGUUUCAGUCGGUAUUGGGGGAGAAGCUAAAUUCACCUGCGAAACUGUGGGAGAGAUUAAGGGCACUGUAGUGUGGUUAGUUGGAGGAGCCGCCCAGGACGAGGACCUCUUCACAACAACUCACAGUACAUCACGUGUUACCCGGUCUAUCCUCACACUCGAGUCUGUGGAGAAACAGGACUCUAAAGUUCAGUGUCAGGUCACUUUUGGGGCCGUCACUGUCAAAUCUAACGAGGUCGACCUUGUUGUUUACGGUAUCGGAGUUGUGGAUCACCCCGGGGAUACUGGGUUUAUUAAAGGAACAGAUAACACGCUGACCUGUUCUAUUAAAACUGAAAGUGACGUUGUUCCCUCCAUACGGUGGUUUAUGGGCUUUUCUUCCGUGGGCGCUGAGAAGUACUCAACCACUUCCAACGCAGAAAAGACACUCUACACCUCUGAAUUGUUCUUUGAUAAAGUUCAAAAGUCCGCUAACGGAGCCUACAAAUGCAAAGCAGAUUUCACGAUCAAAGGCCAAAUGACGAGCGUUGAAUCCAAUCCUGCCAGCAUUUAUGUUAGAGAGGUGAUAAAGUUGCCUGGUAACGAUUAUAUAACAAGUGUUGUAUCUGGGGAUAGUAAAGCAUUUUCUUGUUACUUAUACGUUGGAGUGGAGCCCGAUGGAGCCAGCUUUCAAUCAGUUACUUGGUAUGUAAACAAUGUGGACGUGAAAGGAGUGGCAGACUUCGUGAUAGACGAUGCAAAAACCACGAAAGUAAAGAAAUGGCUGACCGUCCUGAGGAUGACUAAUAUUACCCCGGGUCUUGCGGGUCUUGUUAAGUGUAGCUACACGUGUGGCAUUGGACCAGAUAUCUCAGAUGAGACGAUGUUGUACGUACACCGACAAGUCCAGCUACCUGUAGAGACCCACACAACCUCAGCUACCUUCACCAUCACGUGUUCUGCGGGGAACAACGAACUUGCUGCUGUCACGUGGCUUGAAGAUGGGACUCCUAUUGGCCUUAACGAUAACAACUUCAAACCUCAGUCAGCGACAAUCGAAGACUUUGUGCAGCACAACAGAUUGUUGGUUGAAGACUGGUCUACCUCGAAGGACAUUGUCACCAUCAAGUGUAAAUACAGAUAUGACAUCUCCAAUAAAGAGUAUGAAACGUCCACAAAAUUCAGUUGGAAAGGUUUCACCACAUCCCCGGACCGUUACACGUACUACAGCCCUGCAGAGAAGACGAUAUACUGCUCGUACGGCUUCACCUACUCCACCACUGGUCCUACCUCAGCUAAAUGGACUAGAGAUGGGGCUUCUGUGGACAACGAUGACAAAUAUGAGGUAGAUACCGGGAACAAAGGAGCAGGAAACUGGGAGAUAUCCCUCGCAAUAAAGGGAACUGACGGCGUGGUCACGGAGCAAGAUGGUGGCGUGUUCGUGUGCUCUUUUGUCUACUCUGAAACUGAGGAGUACCACAGAAAUGCUGAUGUCUACUUCUAUGAUAUUGAGACAUUGCCUGCUGAACCGAAGUUCUACGACGCGCUCUCAGUGACCCUUACAUGCGUUCUGAAGAGCAAGGAUCUGACCGUAUCCGGGGUGAAAUGGGUGAAAAACAGCGAGACAGUGAAAGCACCUACCUUCAAUGUUACAGCUGGAUCAGACCCACUUACAAGCUACCUUUCCAUCAAUGAGGUGGUAGCAGCUAAUGAAGGUACCUUUGGUUGUCUAUACGAUGUGCCGGGCAACAAGGAACUUGAAGAGACUAUGUACGCUUACAUUCGCAAUAUAGAGCUACUGAGUGAGGAGUACUUGGUGGUAGCAGCAGGAAGUGAGGUGGAGCUGUCCUGCUCUGUUAAAAACUACACUAAAGUAGAUCUGAACUGGUACAAGGAUGGGGCUACUGAUCCAGUUCCCGGGCACACCGAGACUUAUGACGACUUCGUUGUGACUAGUACCCUUACUUUGGAGAGUGUUCAGAAUGAGAAUCUUGGAGAGUACCGGUGUGGCAUUGAAGAUUCUAGAUCUGGAAAGUCUUCAACUGUUUCCUCGGUGACAGUGAGUGCUGUGGGUGCUGUGGUGCUGAAGGGAUCCGGGCCUGCUACAAUCAAGUGUGAUCUAUCGGGUGCUGUCUCGCAGCCAAUCUCUGUCUUAUGGACAGACGAAAAUGACAAGGAGUACAAGGCGACCGACUCUUCAAGUGAAUAUACAGUGGUGGCAGGAACAUUCAAGGACGGAGAGCAGACCACUACUCUAGAGAUUGAACCAUCCACUUCCGCUAUCUUCACUUGUAAAUUCGUGUUGGACGGAACCACUGGAAGCAGGAAAGUUGCUGUAACGGUAGUGGAGAUCACCAGUACCCCCUCUAUGGUGCACAAGGGUUCAGACACGUCAGUCCAGUGCCGGUUGGAGGGUGCCAGCACCGCUCCCACAGUAUCCUGGUCCCAGGCAAAUAAUCCCGACCAAGAGACAACAGAGAAUACUGGAAAUUUCGCAGACAAAGUUCUGGUUAGCACGCUGGAGGUGAAGAAUGUGAUGAAGGAACUGCUGUACAGCUGUACGUUCAAUGUGGAGGGUACCGAGUUUAGUACGGAAGUUCUGAUCAACAUAUACGAAUUGGCUAUCCCUGCAACACAUAUAGUAGAGAAAGGAAAGUCGCUUCAGAUAGAAAUACAGAUUGAGCCCGAAAUACCGGACAUAACCUCUUAUGUUAAGCAAUCUGAAGUAUCAGAAGACGUGACAGUAGACGGGACAGCAACCAUCACCGUAGAGAAGGAGAAAGUAACAGUUACUUACGCUUCAGUUGUUACACCCAUGAUAUUUACUUACCAAUACACAGACAGUUCUGAUGCUGUACACACGUUGACAUCUAACAUUCACGUUGUUGAGUUCAAAAAGAACAAAGUCAGUCUCAGUGAUGGUGUGGAGGAGGCCGAGCUAGCAUGUACCAUGCACGGAGAUCUAUCAACGGAAAUGAGGCAGCAAGUGUCCUCAUAUUGGGUUAUUGGAGGACAGAAAGAGUUCAAGAUGGCUACAGUAGCUGGAAGUUCGGUAACCAGCAAGUACGAUAUGACGGUUACCAGUGCCACGGUCGACCAAGAAGUUGCAUGUGGGUUUUCCGUUCAAGGAAAGGAAUUUACCCACACAGCUACAUUAGAUAUCAUUGAUAUCACGUGUCCUGAAAAAGUGGAAAUAGGUGACGACGGGGAGGUUGAUAUAGCGUGCACCAUCUCCGGCUCCAAGCACUUCGAGCCAGUCAAAUCUAUUUGGUACAAAGGAAACUCCCAGGAGCUGAUACAGAGCCUGUCAGGCGCUGGCUGGCCGGACCCGGUCACCACCACAUUCGUAGACGUCUCUACCACCGGGGCAUACCGCUGUGUUAUCGAUAUGGGGGUUGCGGAGUUUACCAGGAAUAUUGAAGUCACUAAAGCGGGGGUUGUUGACCCAGUUGACCCUGUUGACCCUGUUGAUCCAGAAGGUGGCUCCGAUAAGAAUCUGCCCCUUAUAAUCGGUAUAACGGUUCCAGUGGUGCUUGUUUUAAUAGCAGUGCUGGUGGUCGGGUACUGCUGCUUCAAGAAACACAGAACAAGACGGGCGUCCUUCAACAUCAAAACUCUGUCCAUGAACUCAAACUCAUUUAAUCGACCUGAGUCUCUGAUAUAUGCGAACGCGGAUGGUCAGGCCCAGGGAGCACAUCGGGCGGCAAGGUACAGUACACAACAUCGCGAGAACGAUCAGGCCCACAUAAACGGCAACAAUCUCAGGGUCAACUACCGGGUAAAUAACCCUAGGACUGAUUCCAGGCCACAAGCGAGGAAGGCAGCCCCAACACCUCCAAGCUCGGGAGGUUCUAGAACCCCGACAAGGACUGAUGUUCGGACGCCCGACAAUUCAGGCGUCAGAUAUAACCGGGACUUUGAUGCCAGCGUGUACAGCAGGAAUCUUGCGGCCAAAAAUUUGGGAAACAUCCCGACAUCUAACGCUUGAGUCUCCCGGAAAACAGAUUUUGAGAUUUUCAUCUUUUUAUAAUUGCUUUGAUACGCAACCUGAUUGUUUUGGCUUUAUAUCAAACUUUUAUUUUCGUUUUCUGCUUUGAUCACAAUUUUCGCAUGUCAAUGCAAAAUGCUAAAUGUAACUUUUAAACGUGAUCUAUGAUAAUUUGCUGAAAUAAUGGUUUGUAGUUGUAUAUAUUUUGCAAACAUCGCUCAUUUUA